AACGUCCCCAUAACAAACAAUUACAUACCCCGCGCAUCCAGACUCAAGACUCAUAGCCAAAACUGAGAUCGGCUGUUAGAAGGUUCAAAGCCAGAUCUAUAACCUCCUUCCUCUUUCUCUCUCUUCGUCCCACUUUCUCUCACUACAAUGUCGAAUUCCUCCUAAAUCACCUUCCAUUUUUCGCCAUUUUUGCAUUAGAUCUGAGUUUUCAAGCUCAAUCUCACAUUCUCCUUUUUCUCAAUCAAUUCUAGGGUUUCAAUUUCAAUUUCAUCCUUUAAUUCUUUCAAUUUCGAUCUGAAUUCACCAAUCCUUUUUUGAUCACUUCUGCAAUUUUAUGAAUUGAUCGCUGUUCUUCUGGAAAAUUUGAAUUGAAGAACAAUGUUGACGAAAUUCGAAACGAAGAGUAAUCGAGUGAAGGGACUGAGUUUUCACCCGAAACGUCCAUGGAUCUUGGCGAGUUUACACAGCGGUGUGAUCCAAUUGUGGGAUUAUCGUAUGGGUACUCUCAUUGAUCGAUUCGACGAACACGAUGGUCCGGUUCGAGGCGUCGAUUUUCAUAAAACUCAGCCUCUUUUUGUUUCUGGAGGGGAUGACUAUAAGAUAAAAGUAUGGAACUAUAAAUUGCAUCGAUGCCUAUUUACUCUUCUAGGACACCUUGACUACAUCCGUACUGUCCAGUUUCACCAUGAAUCUCCUUGGAUUGUCAGUGCUAGUGAUGACCAGACCAUAAGGAUAUGGAACUGGCAAUCACGUACUUGUAUCUCUGUGCUGACGGGACACAAUCAUUAUGUUAUGUGUGCCUCCUUUCAUCCCAAGGAAGAUCUCGUAGUUUCUGCUUCUUUGGAUCAGACAGUUCGUGUUUGGGAUAUUGGCUCUUUGAGGAAGAAAGGCGUUUCUCCUUCUGAUGACAUCUUGCGUUUGAGUCAGAUGAAUUCUGAUCUGUUUGGCGGUGUUGAUGCUGUUGUUAAGUACGUCUUGGAGGGUCAUGAUCGAGGAGUUAACUGGGCUUCUUUCCAUCCAUCUCUCCCUUUGAUUGUGUCUGGUGCUGACGAUCGCCAAGUUAAAAUCUGGCGUAUGAAUGAUACCAAAGCUUGGGAGGUGGAUACCUUAAGAGGACACAUGAAUAAUGUUUCUUGCGUUCUCUUUCACACUAGACAGGAUAUUAUUGUCUCAAACUCAGAGGACAAAAGUAUUCGUGUUUGGGAUGCCACAAAGAGGACUGGCCUCCAAACCUUUAGGAGGGAGCAUGACCGCUUUUGGAUUUUGACAGCACAUCCUGAGAUGAACCUUCUGGCUGCUGGUCAUGACAGUGGAAUGAUUGUCUUUAAGUUGGAGAGAGAACGCCCUGCUUUUGCAGUUAGUGGUGAUCUUGUAUACUAUGUAAGGGAUCGCUUUCUUCGGGUUUUUGAGUUUUCAACCCAGAAGGAUAGUCAAGUCAUCCCCAUACGUCGACCCGGUGCCAGCAUACUUAACCAAAGCCCAAGAACGCUUUCUUACAGUCCAACCGAAAAUGCUAUUUUGAUUUCUUCUGAUAUAGAUGGUGGAUCUUAUGAACUCUAUAUAGUACCCAAAGAUGGCUGGGGUAGGGGUGAUUUGGUACAAGAGGCAAAGAGGGGUCUUGGCUGUUCAGCGAUUUUUAUUGCUCGGAACAAAUUUGCUGUAUUGGAGAAGAGCACCAACCAAGUGCUGGUGAAGAACCUGAAGAACGAGAUUGUGAAAAAGGUUGCCCUUCCUGCAUUGACUGAUGCUAUAUUUUAUGCAGGAACUGGAAACCUUCUUUGCAGGGCUGAGGACAGAGUGCUGGUGUUUGACCCUCAACAGAGGUUAGUGCUUGGGGAGCUUCAAACUUCUUUUGUUAGAUACGUUGUCUGGUCCAAUGACAUGGAAAGUGUUGCUUUGUUGAGCAAACACUCCAUAAUUAUAGCCACCAAGAAGCUUGAUCACCGAUGCACACUUCAUGAAACCAUCCGUGUGAAGAGUGGGGCCUGGGAUGACAAUGGUGUUUUUAUCUACACAACUCUUAAUCACAUAAAAUACUGUCUGCCUAAUGGGGACAAUGGUAUCAUUCGGACUCUCGACGUUCCACUGUACAUCACAAGAGUGUCAGGGAACACAAUAUUUUGUUUAGAUCGAGAUGGGAAAAACCGUGUUAUCUCAAUAGAUGCAACUGAAUAUUAUUUCAAGCUAUCACUUUUGAGGAAGAGAUUUGACCAGGUUAUGGGCAUGAUUAAGCGUUCUGAGCUUUGUGGCCAAGCAAUGAUUGCCUAUCUUCAGCAGAAGGGUUUUCCAGAGGUUGCUCUUCACUUUGUGAAGGAUGAGAAAACUCGCUUUAACCUGGCAUUAGAAAGUGGUAAUAUAGAAGUAGCUGUUGCUUCUGCUAAUGUGAUUGAUGACAAAACCCACUGGUAUAGAUUGGGGGUUGAGGCUCUUCGUCAGGGUAAUGCAGACAUUGUGGAAUAUGCAUAUCAAAAGACAAAGAACUUUGAGAGGCUGUCAUUCCUUUAUCUCAUAACUGGAAAUAUGGAGAAAUUGUCCAAAAUGCUGAAAAUUGCUGAAGUGAAGAAUAAUGUUAUGGGUCAAUUCCACAAUGCUCUUUAUCUGGGUGAUGUUCAGGAGCGGGUUAAGAUUCUCGAAGCUGCUGACCAUUUGCCCCUUGCUUAUAUCACUGCCAAAGUCCAUGGGCUAGAUGAUGUUGUUGAGCGUCUAGCAGCUGAACUUGGGGAUAACAUUCCUGAAAUCCCAAAGGGAAAGUCACAAUCUCUCUUGAAGCCACCAAGUCAGAUAAGCUGUGGUGCAAACUGGCCAUUGUUGACAGUCAUGAAGGGAAUGUUUGAUGGUCUUGAUUAUGCAAGAGAUGCGCAGGAUGAGGAUGCAGAAGUUGCAGAGGAUUGGGUUGAGGCCUUGGAGAUUGUCGAGGACUUGCAAAAUGGAGAUAUAAUUGCUGAUUUAGAUGAUGAAGAAAGAGUACAUGACAAUAAUGAUGAUGAAGUAGGAUGGGAAAUUGAGGAUGAUCUAGACCUUCCCGAGGUUGAAACUCCUAAGGUGACAGGCAACGGGCGUUCUUCUGUAUUUGUGGCACCUGCUCCAGGAAUGCCAGUGAGCCAGAUAUGGACCCAAAGGUCAUCACUUGCUGCUGAAUGUGUUGCAGCUGGCAGCUUUGACACUGCUAUGCGUUUGCUUUCCAGGCAACUGGGCAUAAAAAAUUUUGCUCCAUUGAAACCACUGUUUAUUGAUCUAUUUUCUGCCAGCCAUUCUUACCUGCUUGCCUUUGCUUCCGCUCCUGUGAUUUCUUUGGCACUGGAGAGGGGAUGGACUGAGUCAUCCAGUCCUAAUGUGAGGAGUCCACCUGCUCUUGUUUUUAGUUUCUCUCAAUUGGAGGAAAAGCUUAGAACUGGUUACAAAUUAACGACUGCUGGGAAGUUGAGUGACGCACUGCGUACCUUUACCAAUAUUCUUCACACAAUUCCAUUGAUUGUGGUUGAAUCAAGGAGAGAGGUUGAUGAAGUCAAAGAAUUAAUCACCAUAGUGAAAGAGUAUGUUCUGGGCUUGAAGAUGGAGCUGAAGAGGAGGGAGCUGAAAGACUACCCAAUUCGACAGCAGGAAUUAGCUGCCUAUUUUACUCACUGUAACCUUCAGGUGCCUCAUGUAAGACUUGCAUUGCUCACUGCUAUGACAAAUUGCUACAAAGCAGGAAAUCUGUGCACUGCUGCCAAUUUUGCCCGUCGACUCUUGGAAACAAACCCCACCAUUGAGAACCAUGGAAAGACUGCACGACAAGUACUCGUGGCUGCUGAGAGAAACAUGAAAGAUUCAACACAGUUGAAUUAUGAUUUCAGGAAUCCGUUUGUGGUUUGUGGGGCUACUUAUGUACCUAUUUACCGUGGUCAGAAGGAUAUCUCAUGUCCUUAUUGCAGCUCCCGCUUUGUGCCAGAUCAAGAAGGCCAGAUUUGUGCUGUUUGUGAUCUCGCAGUCAUUGGGGCAGAUGCAUCUGGCUUGCUUUGCUCUGCUGCACAGGUAAGGUAGGACGAUUGGCACUCUGGUUGGAGCUGUUUUACUUUACAAUUAUAGAACUGAGUUUCCUAGAUGCAAUUUCUGCAAAAGAGGUAGGAAAUCGAAAAUGAGUCUAGUUCCCUUAAAUUUCCGGCCAUUUUACAUUUCUUUCUAAUUUUUUUCUCUCUUUGUCACAUAUUUUCAUACCUUGUCUCUGUUUUUAGUUGUUUUGAGUCUCGACUGUGAUUUUGUGCAAUAAACCAUGAGAAAUUCUUCGUAGGCUAUUCUUUGGAUUCGAGAAUUAAUGUCCUGUGGGCAGGAAAUAGGUACCUACUACUAGUACCAAGUUUGAAGGGUUUUAUUUCAACUUUUGUUGGCACAAUAGAUUCUUUUUCAUAUUAUAGUUACUGUUAUAUUGCGAUGUAUUAAUAGAUUUUGUAUAUUUUUGAUGAAAUUCUUUUUCUAGUCGUGCUUUAUAUGAUUAUGGACAGUUGAAGUUUUUGUGCA